CAUAGCCACAGAUCCAGAAAGACAAUAAUGGCGGACGUAUUGUGAAGUGACGCAAGCUUAACGUUUUACGGCAUGCGUUUAAAUACUAUUUCUAUAGUUAGAAUUGUUUUAAAACCAUUCAUUAGAUUACUAGUGAACACAUGACCAGUUAGCUAAAUAAUAAUAACAAAGUCAAACAAUGGCUCGCGAGUUUGAUCAUCUUUUUAAACUACUGAUAAUCGGUGACAGUGGUGUGGGUAAGAGCUGUCUUCUCCUGAGAUUUGCUGACAACACAUUUUCGGGUAGUUACAUUACAACCAUAGGGGUAGACUUCAAAAUCAGAACUCUAGAGAUAAAUGGUGAACGAGUGAAACUGCAAAUUUGGGAUACAGCCGGGCAGGAGAGGUUCAGAACCAUAACGAGCACGUACUACAGAGGCACCCACGGCGUCAUCGUCGUGUACGAUGUUACGAACGGGGAGUCGUUUGCUAAUGUAAAGAGAUGGCUACAUGAAAUCGAACAGAAUUGUGAUGUCGUGAACAAAGUCCUGGUUGGUAACAAAAAUGAUUGUCCAUCAAGAAAAGUGGUAGUCACAGAAGAUGCACAGAGAUUUGCGAGUCAAAUGAACAUACCACUAUUUGAGACUAGUGCAAAGGAGAACAUAAAUGUCGAAGAAAUGUUUCUCACUAUCACCAAAAUGGUACUAAGAUCAAAGCUGGAAAUGAAAGAAAGACAAAAUGUUACAUCAAAUGACACAGUAAAUUUAAAAAAGAAUCACAAAACCAAGAAGAAAUGCUGCUAGUGGUUGCAUGUUGUGGCUCCAUGCCUCGGAUGUUGCUUACACUAUGCUCAAAUAUUGAGAGAUAUGCUGCACAACCUAGCAGGCUACUACAGCACAGUAAAUUGUUAUCAACAGCAAGUAAUCUUUGUAAGAUGUAAAAUUAUGCUGUUUAAUAUUCACAAAUUUGAUGGUUCUUAACAGUGUAAUUUUUUAUUUAGUAUAAAUCGCUAGUUUUGUUUUUAAAUUAAUUUCAAUGUUGAUAUCCCGAAGUAGAAAUAUGAGUAAUACACCGAUAUGUUUGUAUUGUAUUGAUGGGAUGCUGAAAUUCAAAAUGUUAGUUUUAUGUGCUAGCUAGGUGGCACUGUCUCGUGUUUAUGAGCAUGUACAUUGUAUGGAAUUAUUGACUCCAAAAAUUAUAUUAGGAUAUUAUGAAUGCAUAGUUAAAGUGUAUGAUUGUAUUCUCAUAUUAUCAAAAUUAAUGUGAUGGAAUGCAUGAUACGGGAUGCGUCACACAUAGGAUAUAAAUGUAUACCACUAAUUAUUACAUUUUUUAUUCAGUAUAUUCACAAUCAUGGUGUAUUUCAUUGGAACAAACAUGAUUGUCUUAUGGUUUCGUGAGGAAAAUAUUAGUCUACAAAUGGGUAGUAUUUAUAAAAAAGGAAAUCAAACACUGUAUGAAUAUUGUGGAUACUGUGUUGUACAUUACCACUCAUUUUUAAUUUUAACUCUUCACAUUCAAUAUACCACAUAGUGAGAUGAUUGUUUAUUUAUGGUUUAUUUAAUAUUGGCAAAGUAAAUGCAGUAUUUUGUAACAAUCCAAAUUCUAUGUUUAUUUAUUAAAGUACCUAGGUAGAACAUCAAAUAUUUUUCAUUUUAAAACUUAGAUAAUAGAAAUGGGAGGUGUUGAUAGAUGUAAUUAUUAUUGGAAUUUUUUACUUGAUAAUUAUUUGGUCUAAUAGGAAUUGUUGGUAAAAUGUGUCAAAACAAAUCGUCUAUAUAAUAAAUAUUACACAAUAAUUGUAUGGUAUUUGGUGUGUGGAUAACAUACUGUGAUAAGUGCAAGGGCAAUUAUAUCAUAACAUAUCUCCUUAGUUUCUAUGAUCUGAGAUUUAAAUUGCGUACUAAUAGUCACUAUGAUAUUUUUAUUUGAUAAUGUUAUCAUUUUUGUUUUGUAGCUGGCAUCUUGCACACAUUUUUAUACUAUGUGCUUUACAUAGUUAGAGAUGAAGCCAUUAGCGUCAAAUCUACUUUUUGUCAUGCAUCGUGCGCACGUGCACUCCACAUGUUACCCUUAAAGGCGUCACAUUAACGUGGAAAGAUCUCAGACAUUAUUUCUGCAAAACAAGGUCCAAUAUAUUAUACACAAGGGAAUAUUUAUUGCAUUUUUAAUUUUAUUCUUUGUAGAAUAUAGAGAUAAAUAAUUAGAAUUGAACACAUCCUAGAUGAAUGUCAUACAUGGUAUUAUUACUUACCAGUAAUUUUUUUAUAAUCCAUGUGAUAGUGAAAAUUUUCAAUAUUCAUUUAAGGAUUUUUUCUUUUAACCUAGUGUCUCAAUGCUACCAAUUCCUAUUUUGUUCUGUCGUAAUAAUGGGCUCGAUUCUGAGGCGCCAUUCCAUAAACUUUCUCUAAAAUUAAAAUUUGAUAAGUUUAUCAUGUUACAGACCACCGAGAACUAAAUAUAGUAACGGAAUGAGUUCAUUACUCUGAUCCUUAGAGUAAUAAUUUUGUUGUAAUAUUAAACUGAAAGUUUAAUUUUAGAGAUAAAGAGGUAUAGAUAAUUUUAGAGAUGGAACUUUAGAAUCAACCCCAGUGACUGAUAUAUUGUGUUAAAUGUAUGACGUUGUAAUGCUUGUGUAAGUAAUCCGCUAUUAAUUAAUGCCAAAAUAUUUUGUGCUGUUAAUAUAUAAAUAUUGCUUUGUCUAAUUGGUAACAAAACAAAGUACAUACCAUCUAUUUGAGCAUAUGAAACUGCUUAUGAUACAUAGAAUUAAUGUCUUUUAAUAGCAAAGGAAAUGUUCAAAUAGAUUCUAUGAAAAAUAAUACAAUGUUAAUUAAUUCAGUUCUUGAUUCUGUCAGUUACAUAUACCAUUAUUAGCGUACAUUCCGUACAUAGCGUUUGUACGACUAUUUAAUUAUGGUGUUUAUAAACUGCAUGAUUUUCAUAUAUUAUUUUUAAGAAUUAUAAAUUGUUCAUACCAGGUUUUUAUUUGUUUUAAAAAAUGUAAAUAAACAGUAUAUUUUGCCCAUAAUAA